AUGACUGUCAUUAGCAAGAUGACCAUUAUCAGCCCGACUAUCAUCAGGACGUUGACCAUCAUCAACAUAAUGACCAUCGUCAGAGCGGUGGUCAUCAUUAACACGAUGACCCUCAUCAACAUGAUAAUCAUAAUUAGGACGAUGACUUUCAUCAGCACGAUGAUCGUCAUCAACAUGAUGAUAAAACAUCAUCAUUUCGGCAAUUCACACUUCCAUAAAGCAUGGGCAUUGCAAAAACCUUCGUGUACAUUCUUUGAAUUGUUUCCAGGUCUGAUCCUCUGCCUCGAUGAAUCACAAGACCCUUUGAAAUUUUUCAAAACGAUAAAUCUAUCGGGCGUGCGAAUUCGCACGCCAACCAUGAACUUGUUAGGCUGCUAUAAGCCGUGCGAACGAAAAAAUAUGUUCAAAACUUUUUAUGCCGGAUAUUAA